ACCUCAAUCCGUGCAGUCCACACUUUCUAGAGAGCAUCAGUCUUCGUUUCUGGAAGCCCUCGGCCGGGGAAGCGAAAUUGUUUCGUAAAACCCAUGGGCAUAAAGGUAAAGUGGAGCUGGACCUCCGCACUGGUCGGCGCAGCGUCAGCCACCGUCGCGACGGCAAUAAUCACGGCUAAGCCCAGAACUCCGACUUUCGACGUGAUAUCCAUAAGCAUCACCUCCUUGAAGCUUAACUUCCCGGUGGUCGACGCCGAGCUGAUGCUGACCGUCCAUGUCACCAACCCCAACAUCGCCCCCAUCCACUACUCGUCCACCGAGAUGUCCAUCUUCUACGCGGGCUCCCUGCUGGGCUCCGCCCGGGUAGACGCCGGCUCCCAAGCGCCGCGGUCUUGCCGCCUCCUCCAGCUCCCGGCGCGGCUCAGCGGCCUGGAGCUGUCCCACCACGCCGCCCAGUUCAUCACCGACGUGGGCCGCCGCGAGAUGGUGCUGGACGCGGCGGUGGAUAUAGAGGGGGCGGCUAGGGUGAUGUGGUGGGAGCACAAGUUUGUGGUACACGUGGACAGCCGCGUAGUCGUUGAUCCAGUGUUUCUUGAUGUGAUUGAUCAGGAAAACAAGGCGGAGAUGGAAGUCUUCGUAGCUUAAAAGAACUGCACUGUUCUUGCAUGAAAAGCUUCCGCCUUUUUAUCAAAAGAAGCAGAAUCGGAGUGAAUAGUGUUAUGUUUUGAAGAUGCUCUAUACUUGCCGUCGGUUGGAUUUCAACGUUGUUUAGGUUAAGACGGGGCUUGUUAAAAGCAGAUAUAUGGUUGUUAUGAGAUAUCUAUGUGCCUUGUUGCUUGCUUAGUACUGCUCAAUUUUGAAAGACGUUGAUGGUAAAUUAAUAGUACUUUCGUGCUUGUUAGUGUUGACUAAGAUACUUAUAAUAAUCAUU